GUGCGGAGUGACCGCGGGUGAACCGAGCAUGAAGGCGCACCCAAAAUGGGGACAAUAACCGUUCCGAGGGCCGUGCAUGCGCAGACCUGCGACGGAUCCUUCUCGAGCUCGAAUAGUGUAUGCAGAAUGCUCAUUCCUUCUUAUCGCAAGACCGGCGAACAUGCAUAUUCACAGCCAUCACCACCAUCCCACUGCUAGUGGGCACGCGCAGGCAGGGCAGGUGUAUCUCGCGAUGCAGGGGUACCACCAUGGCUGCGAGCCAUAUCUUUUGCAGGGCGAUGACGGUACGACGUACGCCAUACAUCCCGGUGAUUGGCCGUGGUCACCACAGCCCUUCGCAUCUGGCGCCGAUGCUUCCGCGUACGGCGCAAACCAGGCCGCAAAUGCACAAUGCGCCCCCAUCCAUUCAAUGAAUCCAUACUUUCCAUCCCAUGCGUACUAUCAGCACGCUGUAUCCCCCGCAUUUGUGCAAUAUCUGCCUCAAAUGCCUCAGCUCUACGUACCGCCUGCAUGUGUGGCGGCGGUGUCGGAAUCAAAUCGGUUUGUGACAGACUCAUACCAUCCUGCCCAGAGCGUUCAGCCACCGACGUCGUGUGCGGACAGUCUGAAGGCCCCCAAGCCCAAGCGACCUGACGAGGGUGUACCCACAAUUAUCGUCGACCUGGAUGAGGUCCCCGACAUCGUCGUCGAGGACUGCGACAGCGGCGAUGCUCAAUCACCUGAAGCUGGUUCAGCCACGCCCGCCACAAACUCGUCGGACGGCACUCACCUGCAUCCUCAUUGGCACGAGCGUAGCGCGAGCCCGUCGGAAGGGUCGCUCGCCCCGAACCGGCCGAACGGGGCGCCCGCCACGAAUACUUCCGAGGAUCCACGCCUGCUACAUCCCUGCAUCCGCGCCAUAAAGUCGGUCUCGUGCCACUGCACGCCGCGCGUGCCGCUCUUGAAGGACCUUUCUUCGUCCUCUACAUCCCCUUUGGCGUCUCUGACAGCGCACCCAUCGUCCACCACCGCUUCAACCGGUCCAACCGCCUCAGAUGCUGCAACCGCUGCGGGUACCUCAACGGCUACCACCGCUCCUAAUAUUUCCACCGCUCCUGCUCUCACCGCCCGCCCCGUCUCCUCUCCGCCCAUCAUGGCCGCCGCCAUCGUACACAUGUUCCCGUUUUCACCGCUUAUACCCAAGGUGCCGCUGGUGUCGGCGGGAUUGCUGGGUGCGCCGGCGGGGUCCUUCAGAGCACGGCUGCCGCCCGGGUUCGUGCCCGGGGUGCUGUCGCCGUGGGUGGUGGAUGGGCGCGGGUUGUCACUGCAGCCAUCGCCCGCCGGGGACGCCAUGGGCCUCCAGCCGACUACCGCGGGCGACGCUGAGCCCCUUCCGCCCUACUCUCCAGCGCCGUCCAUGGGGUCGGUGACCAGCCACUGGGAUGGCGAAAGGCUGGUUUCCGCCAACUGGGACGGAGAAAGGCUGGCAAGCGAUCCCUGGGGUCACGAGGGUGCGGUCCGGCGAUGGGUCGAGGAGCUGGAUAAGUUCAUGCACGGAGGCGGUGGUGGUAUGGGUGCGAAGAAUGAGAGGCCGACGCGGGCGGAGGUUAGUGAGGUCAAGGGUACUGGAGAAGCCAAAGCCGACGAUGCCGGGGAAGCGAAAGUCAAAGAGCAUGGCGAAGACGCCAAAGCCGUCCAAGCUGACGACCACACCGACCUCCUCGACCACACCGACUUCCUCGACCAUAUCCCCUGGCCCAUCCUCCGCGAUCCUGAGUCGCCUGCGCUCGAUGACCCUCGAUCGUCUACCCUGAGCACCUCGGAGGUCGCCCCGCGCGACACCGUCUCGGCCUCCCCCGACCUCGCCCACUCCAUCACCCCCCUCUCCGUCAACCUCUUCUUCCGCGCCGCACGGCGAGUGACGCUCGGCGACUACGCCGCGCGCCAGGCGACGCUGAACGACCACGCCGCGCACUGUCUCGCGUACAACGUCCAGCCACGCACACCGAGCAGCCACACUGCACGCCCGAUAACGCCCGACGACUGCGCAUGGCGCGCGCUGCUGAGAAAGAGUCACCGCGCGUUCAGGAGGGCGAGGGAGGUGGUGGAAGAAAGGCUGAGGGAGGCAGGGCGGAUGAUGAGGAAUGUGAAAGAGGUGCACUGGAAGGACGGCGUGAGCACUGCGAAGGUGAACCCUGCGGACGAGGACGAGGUUGUCUUGUACAUGGCCGGCGAUGACAAGCGAGGUGAAUCUGCGAAGGACGGAAGGGAUGAUGACGAGGAGCAGAACUUGAAGCGCCAGAAUCUGGAAGACGCCACGCCUCAGAAGCUCGAGGACACCCUGCGCGCGAUCAAUGUCGUCCUUCAGACGCUGGACGUCUUGCGUCGGCUGGAUGGGUAUUGAGACCUAGCGGAAGGAGGACAGAUGUGUAGGAAUGAACAAGAAGACAAUUAAAUUACUUGUAUACGGCCGACAUGUAUUACUAUAUCUACCUGGAAUAUUGAGUCAGAACAAAGCUUCAGCGACGUGAACCG